AGAAGGAGAAAGAUAACCGAGUCCGUUUACCCUUAGGCUGCGAAUCCUCAGCCUCCUCUCGCGUGGGCGCGCGGAAAAGCUACCGAGUUGAACACCCCUCCCGCCUCCUUCCUAGAGCAUCCGCGGAAGUGCGCCCCGCGCGGGCCCGGCUAGCUGGUCCUUUGCCCCGCGCGGCCACUUCCGGCCUUUGUGGGUCGCCCUCGGUGGGUCCCGGGUCCCGAAGGGGUUCGAGGUGUCGGCCUUUCGCACCUGAGGUGGAAGUCUUCUGCUGUCCUUUGGGGGCUGCGGGCACGCCCGGGAAGAAACUUUCCAGGGGAGAUCUUACUUGAAGCACUCAUAAAGGUUUUGGGCAGCUAUGAUGGCAUCUACUUGGGAUAUGCAGGCCCACAAGGACAAGGAUGAACUUUUGGAAGUAAAGAUAGAGGAGGAGGAGGAGAAGUAUACCACCAGACAGGAUCAGAACCUGCAAAAGAACAACACUCAUAGCAGAGAGAUCUUCCGACAGUACUUCAGACAAUUCUGCUACCAGGAAACAUCUGGACCCCGUGAGGCUUUAAGCCGACUUCGGGAACUUUGCCAUCAGUGGCUUAGGCCAGAGACCCACACCAAAGAACAGAUUCUGGAGCUGCUGGUGCUGGAGCAGUUCCUGACCAUCCUGCCAGAGGAGCUCCAGGCCUGGGUGCAGGAGCAGCAUCCAGAGACUGGGGAGGAGGUGGUAACUGUGCUGGAGGAUUUAGAGAGAGAACUGGAUGAGCCAGGAGAUCAAGUCUCAGUCCAUACUGGGGAACAGGAAGUGUUCUCUCAGGAGAUGGUACCUCUAGGAACAGAACAAGAACAUAGUAUGUCCCUCCAGUCCAUAAAAGCCCAGCUACAGUGUGAAUCUCCAGAACUUGGAGUCCAGCAGCAACAAGUUUCAGAUGUUGAGACUGGAAAUGAGUACAGAAAUUCAACUCUAAAGCAAGAAGUUUCUGAAGAAAUGAAACCAUAUGGGAAUACAUCUAGCAGAUUUGAAAAUGAUAUACCUCAGUCUACUAGGUGUGGAGAAACUCAUGAACCUGAAGAAAAAACAGAAGAGCCUUCUGGAUACCCCAGGGUAGAUAAACAAACUACAUGUGAUGAAAAUGGAGCAAGUCUGACUGAGAACUCAGACCACACUGAACACCAGAGAAUCUGUCCAGGAGAAAAAUCUUAUGAAUGUGAUGACUGUGGAAAAGCUUUUAGUCAACAGUCACGCCUCUUAGAACAUCAGAGGAUCCAUACUGGAGACAGACCCUAUAAAUGCGAAGACUGUGGAAAAGCUUUCCGUGGAAGAACUGUGCUUAUUCGACACAAAAUAACACAUACUGGAGAGAAACCAUAUAAAUGUAAUGAGUGUGGCAAAGCCUUUGGCCGGUGGUCAGCUCUUAAUCAACAUCAGAGACUUCACACAGGAGAAAAACACUACCACUGUAAUGAAUGUGGCAAAGCCUUUAGUCAGAAAGCAGGUCUCUUUCACCAUCUCAAGAUCCACACAAGAGACAAACCUUAUCAGUGUACUCAGUGUAAUAAAAGCUUUAGUCGGCGUUCCAUACUUACUCAGCAUCAAGGAGUUCACACUGGUGCGAAGCCCUAUGAGUGCAAUGAGUGUGGAAAAGCCUUUGUUUAUAACUCAUCCCUUGUUUCCCAUCAGGAAAUCCACCACAAAGAAAAGUGCUAUCAGUGUAAGGAUUGUGGGAAAUCCUUUAGUCAGAGUGGCCUUAUUCAGCAUCAAAGAAUUCACACUGGAGAAAAACCCUACCAAUGUGAUGUAUGUGAAAAAGCCUUUAUUCAAAGGACAAGUCUUACAAAACAUCAGCGAAUUCACACUGGAGAGAGACCCUAUAAAUGUGAUAAGUGUGGGAAGGCUUUUAUCCAAAGAUCGGUCCUCACGGAACAUCAGAGAAUCCACACUGGAGAGAGGCCCUACAAGUGCGAUGAGUGUGGGAAUGCCUUCCGAGGAAUCACCAGUCUCAUUCAGCAUCAGAGAAUCCACACUGGGGAGAAACCCUACCGAUGUGAUGAGUGUGGAAAAGCCUUCAGACAGAGGAGGAAGACUAGCUACAAGGAAAUACUUCUGAAAAAUCAGUGUGAACCCCAAGCUGGAGUGAAUCUUCUCCUGAGCUCUCUCAUUCCAGAAUGGCAGUCCUGUUGCAGGAAAGAUCUCUAAAAUUGACUGAUGGUAGAAGAAGAGGUCUGUGUCUGGGACCAAGAAUCAAGCUGCCAAAGAAAUCACAGAUCUUUCCUCAAACUUUAAGUUGUUACUACCAGGAGAUAGAUACUUGCACCUCACAGGACUGUCAGGAGACUCAGGGAGCUCUGUCCACAGUUCCUGAGGCCAGAAAUACAUAUUAAAGGAGCAGGUGCUGCAAUAGGUCCUGACCCCUGCCUGGGAAGCUGCAGACCUAGGUAGGAUAAUAUCAUCCAGAAUGUGGAGAGGAGGCAUCGAUCAUGCUGGAAAAGUUGAAGAGACAGCAGGAAUAAAGGACAAGCCACAGAUGGUGUUACUGAGAAUGAAAAUAAGAACUUGGCUUCAAAACAAAAAAAUUCUGGAGAUGCUGAAUUACGUGGGGGGAAUCUGUAGAAGUGCAACAUCAAUGCAGUAAAUGUAGUAUAAAAGCUUUAGUUACUAGUGAAUUAUUACUCAGCAUCAAGGAGUCUGUGCUGAAGAGACUCUCUUUGCAAUCAACAAGUUUUGAUAGGCUUUUGCUUAUAGUGGAUCCCUCCUUUCCCACCAGGAGAUCCACCACAAGGAAAAAUGCUAUAGUAUGAGGAAUGUGGGAAAGUCUUCAGCCAUAGUGGCCUUAUUUGACAUCAAAGAAUCCACAUAAGAGAGAGAACAUAAAUGUGAUGACUGUGAGAAGGCUUUCAUUCAGCAAGGAAACCUUAUAUUAAUAGAACCUGUGUGAAGAAUGUAGGAAGGAAGACCUCUACCUAGAAGUCAGGAGAGACCAGAGAAUCUACACAAGAGAGAGAUCUUAGAAAUAUGAUGACUGUGGAAAUGUUUUCCAUGGAAUCACCAGCUUUUUUCAGCAUUGGAGAAUUCACACUAAAGAGAAAACCUGACAUUGUGUUGAGUAUGGAAAAGUCUUCAGAGAUUGGACCCUGGGAAAUAUUAAUAUCAGCAAAUUAAUAUUAGAGAGGCUCUUACAAAUGAGAGAAUUGUGGGAAGUUGUAUGGACAGAGAUGAAGCCUCAAUAGCAGAAUCUCCAGAGUACUGAAAAGUUAAUAUAGUUAAUGUAAAUGGGCAAGUUGUAUGCGGAAUGAGUAUUUUUAGACUGCCCACUUUAGCCAGUAAAAACAUUAAAUGAAUGCCUAAUGUCAAGAAAAGCAAAAGUCACACGGGGUUUUUUCCUUUUCCAGAAGAGGUUUAUAUAUGUAAGCAACCAAGACUUUUGAAAUAAGUUGUUUACCUGCAUCUCUGGACUUUUGAUCUGUCUCCUGGGUGAUUAUCUGUGGGUUGGGUAGCAUGUUAUUUCCUUUAUGCCUGCUCUAGUCUCAUGCCUUUAAUUUAUUCAACAAGUAUAGAUAGUACUAUUAUUAUGGGCUAAAUAGGCGUGUAUUGAUACCCCAGGACACAAAAGGCAUAUGUAUAAUGUCUCAGUAAAUUGUGAAAGGAACCACAUCAUUGAAUUGCUGGGCACUUUCAUAAAUUUGGGACUGCCUCUAUGUUCUCCAACACAAGGCCAUGUAGGUGUCUUUCAGAGAGUAUAUUUUUUCCAGCUUUGGCUUAUUUUUUUAAGAUAAAAAAAGAAACUUCACAUAUACUCUAUUGACAGGUUGACCGGUAUUUUUUCUUAUAGAUAACACAUAAUAUAACAUUGUGAAGGCUAAUACUUUAAGUAACUUACUAUCAUUGUCAGUUCUAAAACUUACAGGAUAAAAGGGGAAAGAGUCUUUACUAGCUGUCAGCAAAUCGGUAAUGUAGCCCAAUCUCUGCCCAUGAUAGGAGAUUUGUAUAUUUUAUAGUAGGUCACUAAAUAUAGGUACCAUGUAUUAGUAUUUGAAAACUUUGAAUCAAUUAUUUCAGAGUGCUAGGUUUGUAUCUGCUGUACAUCCCUAUACUUUUUGUGUAGGUAUUACAUCAUUAUUUUAAAAGUUAGUCUGCAUUCUGUAAUAGGCUUUUCCAGCAUCUAUGGAUAUCACAUUUUUUUCUUAACUCUAUUAUUAUAUUAUAUAAAAGGAUUUCUUAAUGUUGAAACAAGCUCGCAUUCCUGGAAUAAACCUCACUUAGUCGUGAUGUAUUCUUUU